GGGGCCGCGGCGCCGGGACUCCAUUAGCUGCGGCGGGAGGCUUCGCUUCUCUCCGAGCAGCGACGCGGGCGCCGCCGGCCUCGCCUGUUGCCGCGGGAGCCGGGCCAGAGGAGCACGGAAGGAGCCAUGGCUCUGGACGGGAUAAGGAUGCCAGAUGGCUGCUACGCGGACGGGACGUGGGAACUGAGUGUCCAUGUCACGGACCUGAACCGUGAUGUCACUCUGAGAGUGACCGGGGAGGUGCACAUCGGAGGAGUGAUGCUGAAGUUGGUGGAAAAACUCGAUGUCAAAAAAGAUUGGUCUGACCAUGCUCUCUGGUGGGAAAAGAAGAGGACUUGGCUGCUGAAGACACACUGGACCUUGGAUAAAUAUGGCAUCCAGGCAGACGCUAAGCUUCAAUUCACCCCACAGCACAAACUGCUCCGCCUGCAGCUUCCCAACAUGAAGUAUGUGAAGGUGAAAGUGAACUUCUCUGACCGAGUCUUCAAAGCUGUGUCUGACAUCUGCAAGACGUUCAAUAUAAGACACCCUGAAGAACUUUCUCUCUUAAAAAAACCCAGAGAUCCCACAAAGAAAAAAAAGAAAAAGCUAGAUGACCAGUCUGAAGAUGAUGCGCUUGAAUUGGAAGGACCUCUUAUCAUGCCUGGAUCAGGCACCGAUGUUCUUUACAUUGGCCCUCUGAAAGGAAGCAUAUAUUCAAGCCCGGGACUUUAUAGUAAAACAAUGACCCCUACUUACGACGCUCAUGAUGGAAGCCCCUUGUCACCAACUUCUGCCUGGUUUGGUGACAGUGCCCUGUCAGAAGGCAAUCCUGGGAUACUUGCUGUCAGUCAGCCGGUAACAUCACCAGAAAUACUGGCAAAAAUGUUCAAGCCUCAAGCUCUUCUUGAUAAAGCAAAAACCAACCAAGGGUGGCUUGACUCCUCACGAUCGCUCAUGGAGCAAGACGUGAAGGAGAACGAGGCCGUGCUGCUCCGAUUCAAGUACUACAGCUUUUUUGAUUUGAAUCCAAAGUAUGACGCCAUCAGAAUCAAUCAGCUUUACGAGCAGGCCAAGUGGGCUCUUCUCCUAGAAGAGAUUGAAUGCACGGAAGAAGAGAUGAUGAUGUUCGCAGCCUUGCAGUAUCAUAUCAAUAAGCUGUCAAUCAUGACAUCAGAAAAUCAUUUAAACAACAGUGACAAAGAAGUUGAUGAAGUUGAUGCUGCCCUUUCCGACCUGGAGAUCACUUUGGAAGGCGGGAAAACAUCAACAAUUCUGGGUGACAUUACUUCAAUCCCAGAACUUGCUGACUAUAUUAAAGUUUUCAAGCCGAAGAAGCUGACUUUAAAGGGGUACAAGCAGUAUUGGUGCACUUUCAAAGACACGUCCAUCUCCUGCUACAAGAGCCGAGAAGAGUCCAGUGGCACACCUGCUCAUCAGAUGAACCUCAGAGGAUGUGAAGUUACUCCGGAUGUAAACAUUUCAGGCCAGAAAUUUAACAUAAAACUCCUAAUUCCGGUUGCAGAGGGCAUGAAUGAGAUCUGGCUUCGUUGUGAUAAUGAGAAGCAGUAUGCACACUGGAUGGCAGCUUGCAGAUUAGCCUCCAAAGGCAAGACCAUGGCAGACAGUUCUUACAACUUAGAAGUUCAAAACAUUCUUUCCUUCCUGAAAAUGCAGCAUCUGAACCCAGACCCCCAGCUAAUCCCUGACCAGAUUACAACUGACAUCAAUCCUGAGUGUCUGGUGUCCCCUCGGUACCUGAAAAAGUAUAAGAACAAGCAGAUAACAGCGCGCAUUCUGGAGGCCCACCAGAACGUGGCGCAGAUGGGCCUGAUUGAAGCCAAGAUGAGAUUCAUCCAGGCGUGGCAGUCCCUGCCGGAGUUCGGCAUCACGCACUUCAUCGCGAGAUUUCAAGGCGGCAAGAGGGAAGAACUUAUUGGCAUUGCAUACAACAGAUUGAUUCGGAUGGACGCCAGCACAGGAGAUGCCAUCAAAACGUGGCGGUUCAGCAACAUGAAACAGUGGAAUGUCAACUGGGAGAUCAAAAUGGUCACUGUAGAGUUUGCAGACGAAGUCCGGUUGUCCUUCAUCUGUACUGAAGUAGACUGCAAGGUGGUCCACGAAUUCAUUGGUGGUUACAUAUUUCUCUCAACUCGUGCGAAAGACCAAAAUGAAAGUUUAGAUGAGGAGAUGUUCUACAAACUCACCAGUGGGUGGGUGUGAAUAGGAAAACUGUGUAAUGAAACUCCACAGCCAUAACAAUAUUUAACUUUAAAGCUAUUGUUUCUUAUAUGCUGCUUAAUAAAGUAAGCUUGAAAUUUAUCAUUUUAUCAUGAUACCUUUUUGCCUUACCAGACCGGUUAAUAUGUGCACUAACAAGCACGAUUGUUACUCUGCUGCCUACCUUGAUGCCGUAUGUGGACUAUGAGAUAUCCAGCAGUCCUUAGGGCCACAAACUGACAGCCGACGUAGUGGGUGAGUCAGGGACCGCCUGUCUGAUGGACAGUAGGCAAACGAAGAAACAAGCCAUCUGCUACCAAGCUACCCAGGGCUUACAUGUAACCGAUAUGAAGUCUAUUUAUCAUGUGUAAUGCAUGUGUUUAUGUUUAAUUGAUGCCCUCCUUUAAAGUAUCCUUCUGGUACCCAGUUAAUUCCCUCUCCCAAUAUAAAAAUCAGGUCCGCAAUAGAUGCUUGGUAUUUAAUGAUGCCAUUGACCUGGAAGGAAACACUGUUAACCUGUUGUUACUGGGUGGGUUUUGUCCUUGAGGAAGCAUGUUGUACAUUGUUUUGUGUUUAUUUUUACACCAAACUGUAUUACAAUACUCUUAGUAUUCACCAGCAUAGUCACCGUUGGCCUAAGAUAUGCAACCUUUGUGUUACAAUAUGAAGUAAAGAUCUAUGAAGUAUGCAUUUUGUGUAACUAAUGUACAAACACAAAUUUUAUAAAAUUGUACAGUUUUUUUAAAAAAACUAUUCACAACUAGGAAAUGGCUUAAAUGUAGCAUCCUUACAUUAAUUAAAUGCUUUUAAAGUAUAUAAUGAAUAUGCAGUUUCAGUUUCUGCUAAAUUGCGAAUGACUCCAUGAUGCUCAUGACUUGCCAUGAUGCCCUUAACUACAGCCUGGAUGGGCUGCGUUCUAGUCUGUUGCGCUGUUACAUCUGCGUUGGUGCUAGUUAGACAAUUCCUAGCUCACGAGCCCAGAAGGGCACCAGGGAGGGGUGGACUUACCAGUAUUGUCCAAUAAUCCAUGAAUUAAAGACUGUAUAAAUGCAUUUUAUUUUAAAUAAAAGUAAAACCUUUUA